AUGGCUCUUAGACUUAAUAAAAGGAGAUUUGAACUACGAAAUUUGAAACCUACGUUAAUUACCUGUGUCGCGGUUGUUGGCGCUGGAGUUUUGAUUGUUAAUACAUUUCCCCAUUUGAAAACAACAAUACGUCAAUAUCUACAUGGUGGGGGUGGUGCUGACGAAGAAGAAUCUGAUGGUGAGAGUAGUUUAGAGGGUAAUGAUAAUGAUGAUACCUUGUCAAGUGAAACGGUGGUUAUUGAGAGUAUACAUCGAGACCCCAAUAAUGAGAAUAGGACAAUCGAUAGUUUUCAAGUUGUGCACUGA